GAACUGCCGCAGCCUGGAAUGUGUUGAUCUCGCGUCACGUGACUCCAGAUCCAAAAUGGCCGCGUCGGUGUUUUGACGAAUAAUACUUUUGUGUUUGUUUCAUUCUUAACAGAAACCGAAGAUAACCCUUCCAGAUCGGAAAAAAAUCAGCCACGCGCGUUUGAUGUUUUAAUAUAAAGAUUUAAAUUAGACAAUCACAGCUCUCUGAUAUUUGUUUUAUGGUUCAGACUAUGCACUUUUGGUGUUUAUAAGGAAGCUAGCUGACUGGCUAGCAACAUAAUUAAGCUGAAAAUUAAAAGAAAGGCAAUGGAGCAGCUCAGUCCUGAAGAGAUCCGUAGAAGGCGACUGGCCCGGUUAGCUGGAGGGCAGACGUCACAGCCCAGCACCCCCCUCAGUACCCCUUUGACAUCCCCACAGAGAGAAACUCCCCCAGGACCCUUGCCAGGGCCCUCCGGGGCCUCAUCACAGCCUGUCCCACCAGCUCCAUCUCACACUCUGGGCCUAAAUGCACAAAAUGUCACCCCUGCCACCUCUCCUAUGGGGGCCUCAGGGGUUGCUUACCGCAGCCAGAGCAGCGAAGGGGUCAGCUCUCUCUCCAGCUCUCCAUCUAACAGUCUGGAGACACAGUCCCAAUCCCUGUCCCGCUCCCAGAGCAUGGACAUAGACACUGCCUCCUGCGAGAAGAGCAUGUCCCAAGUAGAUGUGGACUCAGGAAUUGAGAAUAUGGAGGUGGAAGACAGUGAUCGCAGAGAGAAAAGGAACCUGGCUGAAAAGGAUUCCUCAUCCAGUUCUGACGUCUCUGAAGAGCAGGCUUUACACCUCAUCUGUAAGAUCUUGCGUGUCUCUUGGAAGGAGCAGGACCGUGAUGUCAUCUUUCUCCCCUCACUUGCUGCUGAAUUCCAGAAGAACCCUAGGGAUGUUUACUCUGACUUCAAAGACCUGAUUGGACAGAUUUUAAUGGAGGCUCUCAUGAUGUCCACCCGUUCGCGUGACUGUAACCCAUUCGCCAGCUUGACCGCCACAUCUCAGCCAAUUACCGCUGCCAGAUCCCCAGACCGUCACCUGACUCUUGUUCCACCCUCCAGCCAGAGCGGCAGUCCCAUGAUGCCCUGCGCUGGUUCAUUCGGUGCCAGCUCUCUUUCCAGUCUUUAUGGUUGUAGCCCAAACCCACUCGCUCUGAGCUCUGCCAGAAUGAGUGCUCCAUCUGUCCCACUGGCUUCUGCAGCCGCCCUCCCGGUUCCAAGUCCUCCUGUCUCUCGCCCUCCCACCAGCCUGCCACUUCCCUCUCCAUCCGCCCCUCUGCCCAUCUCCCAGAGAUACAGGCCCUACUCCCUUAGCUCGUCCAUCCCCAUAAGCCCAAGCCCCAGAUCUACUCCAUCUGGUAUGCUUACCCCCCCUACAACUUCAGGUAUACCCUCCAGCCCUUCCCCCAGACACCAUAGCACCCACACCUCCAUGCCUUUGCCCAUCCUCCCCGGCUCUCCCAGCACUAUGGCCAGAAGGACUGCGCUAGCUGCCCGGAUGCCCUCUAGCCCUUUCUCCCUCCUCUUCUUCGCCCUGUCCGACUUGCCUCAGGACAGCAGUGAUGAAGAGCUGGAGGAAGAGGAAGAGGAGGAUUUUUCAAGGGUUCAGUUUGGGUCCAGCCUGGGUGCAUCCGGAGGGGGGAUAGCUGGUGACUCAGGUAGUGACCGCUUUACCAUUGAGUCCUGUAAAGAGACAGAGAUGCUCAACUACCUCAUCGAGCGUUUUGACAGUGUGGGAAUGGAAGAGAGGAAGGCCCCAAAGAUGUGCAGCCAGCCAGCUGUCAGUCAGCUGCUUAGCAACAUUCGUUCCCAGUGCAUUUCCCAUGCUGCACUAGUGCUUCAAGGUGCCCUCACACAGCCUAGGGCCCCUCUACAGCCCUCCCUGCUGGUUCCAUACAUGCUGUGCCGGAACCUUCCGUACGGCUUCAUCCAGGAGUUGGUGCGCAUGACUCACCAGGAGGAGGAGGUGUUUAAACAGAUCUUUGGUCCCAUUCUUCAAGGGCUCGUUUUUGCUGUAAAAGAAUGUUCUUUUGACAGUGACAACUUCAAGUUCCCACUGAUGGCUUUGGCUGAGCUCUGUGAAAUCAAGUUUGGGAAGACUCACCCUGUGUGCAGUUUGAUCACCUCUCUGCCGUUGUGGUGUCCUGACCCUCUCAGUCCCGGGACAGGAAGAGAAAUUCAAAGACUCUCCUUUCUUGGAGCGUUCUUCAGUCUUUCUGUGUUUGCUGAGGAUGACACUAAAGUGGGAGACAAAUACUUCUCAGGCCCUGCCAUCACUAUGGAGAACACCCGUGUGGUCAGCCAAUCACUGCAGCAUUAUCUGGAGUCUGCGAGGGGAGAUCUGUUUAAAAUCCUGCACAACAUCUUGUUGAACGGAGAGACAAGGGAAGCAGCUCUGAGCUACAUGGCAGCUCUGGUGAAUCGUAAUGUGAAGAAGGCUCAAAUGCAGACUGAUGAUAAGCUGGUGUCCACAGACGGUUUCAUGAUGAACUUCCUGUGGGUGCUGCAGCAACUCAGUAUGAAGAUCAAGCUGGAAACAGUGGAUCCUCUCUACAUCUUCCACCCCAAGUGUCGGCUGAAUGUCAGCACGGAAGAGACCCGGCUCAAAGCCACGAUGGAGGACCAGAGCUGGCUCGCUGAGCUGCAUGAAGACCCGUCCAAGUUCUCAGAGCCCAAGUUCCCUACAGAGUGCUUCUUCUUAACGCUACACGCACAUCAUCUGUCCAUCCUCCCGUGCUGUCGGCGCUACAUACGGAGGCUGAGGGCCAUCAGGGAUCUGAACAGAACUGUGGAAGAGCUGAAGAACAGUGAGAACCAGUGGAAGGAUUCCCCGUUGGCAAGUCGUCAUCGGGAGAUGCUGAAGAGAUGUAAAACACAGCUGAAGAAACUGGUGCGCUCUAAAGCCUGCGCAGACGCAGGGCUGCUGGACGAGAACCUGCUGCGCAGAUGUCUGCAGUUCUUCAGUAUGGUCAUCCAGCUCAUCUUGCGUAUGGUGGAGCCUGCCUUCCCACACGUAACCCUGCCUCUGAACCCAGAAAUCCCAAAAAGCUUUGCAGCACUGCCGGAGUUUUACAUUGAAGAUGUGGCCGAGUUCUUGCUUUUUAUUGUGCAGUACUUUCCACAGGUUCUCUAUGAGCCGUGCACUGAAGACAUUGUGACCUUCCUGGUGGUCUUCAUUUGCAGUCAGAAUUACAUAAAGAACCCAUACUUGAUUGCCAAGCUGGUGGAGGUGCUAUUUGUCACCAACCCUGCAGUGCAGCCGCGCACUCAACGUUUCUUUGAGAUUAUGGAGAACCACCCACUGUCUGUCAAUCAGCUUGUGCCAGCCCUCAUGAAGUUUUACACAGAUGUGGAGCACACUGGAGCCACAAGCGAGUUCUAUGACAAGUUCACAAUUCGUUACCACAUCAGUACCAUAUUCAAAAGCCUAUGGCAAAACAUUAACCACCAAGGUACCUUCCUGGAGGAGUUCAACUCUGGUAAACAGUUUGUGCGCUACAUCAACAUGCUAAUUAACGAUACAACUUUUCUGCUGGACGAGAGUUUGGAGUCUCUGAAACGCAUCCAUGAGAUCCAGGAGGAGAUGAAGAAUAAAGAGCAAUGGGACCAGCUGCCCAGGGAGCAGCAGCAGAGCCGACAGUCCCAGCUGACUCAAGAUGAGAGAGUAUCACGAUCGUACCUGGCUUUAGCAACAGAGACAGUGGAUAUGUUCCAUAUCCUCACCAAACAGGUCCAGAAGCCCUUCCUCAGGCCUGAACUGGGUCCUCGUCUGGCUGCCAUGUUGAAUUAUAACCUGCAGCAGCUAUGUGGGCCUAAAUGUCGAGACUUGAAGGUGGAAAACCCAGAAAAAUAUGGUUUUGAGCCAAAGAAGCUCCUGGAUCAGCUCACUGACAUUUAUCUGCAGCUGGACUGUGCCCGAUUUGCUAAAGCCAUUGCAGAUGACCAGCGGUCAUACAGCAGGGAGCUGUUUGAGGAGGUCAUUUCAAAAAUGAGAAAAGCAGGCAUAAAAUCCACCAUUGCUAUUGAGAAAUUCAAACUGCUGUUGGAGAAGGUGGAGGAGAUAGUAGCCCGCAAUUCUCAGUCUGAGAUGGAUUACAGCGAUGCCCCAGAUGAGUUUAAAGACCCACUGAUGGACACUCUCAUGACUGAUCCCGUGCAACUUCCCUCUGGCAACAUCAUGGAUCGAGCCAUCAUUCUGCGACACCUCCUGAACUCUCCCACGGACCCCUUCAACAGACAGCCUCUCACCGAGAGCAUGCUGGAACCAGUCCCAGAGCUGAAGGAGCGUAUCCAGGCCUGGAUGAAAGAGAAGCAGAGUGGCCGUGUUUGAGUUUUCUCAGUGAGCCAAGCUUGCCCUGCAGUUUAAAUGUUUUCACCACGCUGGAAGUGAACUGAAGAGUGGAGAAAGAGGAAAAAAAUGACAGUACCCAAAUUGUUUUCCCCUCUUUAUCGAGCCACUGUCUGAAAGGCUCAUGGUUCUAAAUUGAAACAUAAUAAAGUUUAGACUUUUGAAACAUUUUGAUUUUGAAUUUGUAUGUCUGCAUACAUACCAGUCUGUAAGGGCACACAAUCUCACACCCAAAACACCCAACAAAAGUUAACAUUUGGAUAUAAAGAAAUUGUUUCCCGUUUUGUUUUUGUUGUCCUCAUGAAUGCAUUUUAGUGGUUCUGAUGGUAAGGGAAAACAUUGAGGAAGGGGAUCCAUUUCAUGUUUGUGAAGAAUGUUAAGUAACACCAGUAUUUCCAUUUUUGCACUCAGUAGAAUGACAAAGCAUUGGCUGUAGACAUGUUACAGUCACAAACUUGCUGUUUUAUUUUAUACGGUUGGAGGAAUACAACAUAUUUUAAAUGAUGGAAUUAACAAGCUCUAGACUGUCUUGUAGAAAAUACAAUAGAUGUUGGUGUAAAUUGAUGGAAACAUACCAGUGGAGCAUCAGAUGGUGAUUGACUCUGUAUUAGAAUUUUGUUGGUUUGCAUAGAAAUCUCGUAUGUGCACCAUUUUGACUAAAAUCUGAAUCGGAGCUCAAACACAGGAUCAAAUCAAAGAAUGUGAAACUGUGUUGUAGCAUGAUCGUCAUGAGAAUGCCAGUCCAUCAUGUUUUUUUUUUUGUUCUGUUCUCCAACAUUUUUUGGAUCAUAAAGGUUUAUCAUCUCUUGUUAUUACUAUUAACCCCAGCUGUUGGACUUAAGCAUAAAUUAAGAGUUUUUCCAGUGACUCAAAGGGUUUAUCUGUACAGGAAUUUGCUUCCUUUGCUACAAACUUCUUUUGGACCCAGCUCUUUGAACUGUAAUAAAUGGUAAUGCACACACAA